GACUAAUAAACUCCACUUUAUUGAUCUCUGUGGGUAAAUUUAGGUUACAAUGACAUUCAGAUAUACUUAAACACCUAGAUAUGUAAACACUCUAACACACAAGUAUGCAUAAUAUUAAGAAUAAUUCGGCCAAAGUUAGCAAAUACACAAUAUUACUCCAUUACAGACAAUUUGUGCAAUAAGUACACCGUUGCUAGUCACCACUGUGCAGCGUCUUAUUUUUGAGCAAAUAUCAUUAUGUCCUGCUCAAGACCACAUGAGUGAUCACACACCUAAACACCGUGUCACCUACUUAUACGUGUACUUGGCAUUAUUGUGAAUCUUAACUCACUGACCACACAGAUAUUGGUCUGGGCAACAUAAUAUAUUAGAGGCAAAGACAUAACCAAGUUGAUUUCUCUUUGACAUGUCAAACUGGCUAGUGUGGCUUCCGACCGCACCCUAUCGUGUGAGCUCGACAAGUUGAAAAGUACACACAACAUGUAUGCACUUUCACGUACGUAGCGGUUUGUCUCGUCGAUCCUGUGGACUUGACUUCUGGAUGAAGAGGAGUGAGCAUUGACUUGAAUGGCGAACGCUCUACGUCUCGCAGCCGUGACUCUAUCAGUGUCUCAGGACACUUUCUACUUCAACAUCAAGCCACAGAGUAAAGACGCCACGGAGAGCUCCGAGACGCGCCUGUACUGUGACGUCAGCGAACGACGUCACAUCUUCUUCCAGUGGAUGCAGAGAGGGAAACCAGUGGUCAACACGACCCGGAAGUACCAGGAGGACAGCAACCUCCGGAUUCUCCGAGUCCUGCGAGACGAGGACGAGGGCCCGUUCCAGUGUAUCGCUACCAACUACACCACUGGAUUUUCCUUACAGAGCCAGGAGGCCUUCUUGAACAUCUUAUGGAUCGACAGCAAAGCCCACGUCUUACUCCGCCGUCCCAAAAAGGAGGAGGUGGUCGCCGGGACAGACAUCACUCUCAAGUGUCAAGUCUCGGGCAACCCAGAGCCCACCACGCUGUGGUACCUCAACACCUUCAGACUUUUCAACAAGGAAAAGGUUCGUAUUCUGGAUGGAGGCCAACGACUCAAGUUGAUCAACGUGACUGGAGAGGAUAACGGCGUCUACUCUUGUCGCGCCGAGAACAUGGCAGGGGCCGUCGACAGUGAUCGGAACUUCAUCCUAAACGUCAAAGCCACCGACUCGCCCCGGCUGAGAGAGGCUGAGUUCACGCCCUUCCAACUGGCCCUCAAGUACCAGGCAGCCCGGCUAGAUUGUCCCUUCGAAGGCGUCACUCGCAUUGACUGGUUCUCCAACUACGAGAAACUCUCCAACGUCAGCUCCAGACAUGUGGUCUACCCAAACGGCUCUCUGUACUUCCCGCGAGUCCGGCCAGCUGAUGAGGGCACGUACAGGUGUGAAGGACUCAGCCUGACAGGUCCGGCACAGACAUUCACCUCGGAACUUGCACUUGCUGACCUGGAUGACAUCACAUCGCAGUCGUUCGAGCCUCGUCUGCUGCCGUCCUACCCUAUCGUGAUCCCGGUACAAGAACGGUUUGAGAUCAAGGUGUUCCCACCCCAGGGACGGCCAAACCCAGACUAUCGGUGGCUGGACAGAAACGUUCGUGUGGUGGGGACGUCAGGUCGCAUACAUGUGGCGGGACAGAACCUGGUGUUCGAGUCCCCUCAAGAGAUGGACUCGGGGAACUACACGUUCGUCGCCAACAACACAGCGGCAGAGAAGAGGAGGGGCUUGUGGGUCAUCGUCUCUGCAAUGAGCUCCCACCCGUCCCACUCAUCAGCCUCUGCCACGGGUACAGCCUCCGUGACUGCCGCUAUGGCCAUCAGGAACAGAGGCGCCGGCAUGGAGAAGUUCCAGUUCCCGAGACAGGAUCUACAGACCCUCGGCAUUAUAGGGAAAGGACAAUUUGGUGACGUGUUUCUGGCUAAGGCUCGGUCUAUCAGACCCAUCGAACAGGAGACGUUGGUGGUGGUCAAGUCUCUGUUGGUCAAGGGGGACGCGGCGAGCGUGGAGUUCCACAACGAGAUGGACAUGUAUGGCAAACUGGACCACCCGAAUGUCGUACGUCUCCUGGGCGUGUGUCGGGAGAUGGAGCCGUACUUUAUGAUCACCGAGUAUUGUGAUUGGGGUGACCUGAAGCAGUUCCUGUUGGCGACCAGGAGCGACAACGGCCGCCGUGUGAUGGUCCCCCGCGUGCCGCCCCUCACCUCCAUACAGAAGCUCAAGCUGUGUCAACAAGUGGCCCUGGCUAUGGAGUAUCUGUCCGGCUACAAGUUCAUCCACCGAGACUUGGCCGCCAGGAACGUGCUCUUGACCUCCAGGCUUGACCUCAAGGUUUGCAGCCUGACGCUGUGUCGUGACGUGUACGCCAACGAGUACUACCUUCACCCGACCCGCCAGACUCCCCUCCCUCUCCGCUGGCUGCCCCCAGAGGCCGUGAGAGACGCGGAUUUCAGCUUCCAAACGGACAUCUGGUCUUACGGCAUCUUCAUGUGGGAGGUGUUCCAUCUGUGCGACUUGCCCUACCGUCUGCUCACCGACGACGAAGUCUUCAAAUCCCUCUGUGGCGGAACAGGAACUGGCGCUGCUGCUGGGAGCGGAGCUAGCGGUGCUGUUUCAAACGCAAGCGGUUUGAACGUGUCACAAACUGGUGGAAGCUCGCUGGCUGGCACAAGCGUGUCGUCGUCUUCGCUACCGCGUCUGGACUUUGCUGAGCAGUGCCCGAGUCACAUGGUAGACAUCGUUCGUCAGUGUUGCGCAGUUCUCCCAUCCAGCCGCCCCACCUUCUCUGACCUUGUGGUGACGCUUGGGCACCUCUUGACAAACGGCGAUUGUGUUUGAAAAUGUACACAAUGAGACAAUACGAAGGUGGAAUGAGAACCCCACUUUCUGAGACUCAGUAAUGCAAUGAGACAAUUAGUCGGCAUAACGAAUUUUCUGAUUCUACUACAGACCAGAAGAACUUGACAGAGGGUAAAAUUUGUACAUGUACAUUUGUUUUGUCGUGUUUGACAACUUUGAAUAAGUCUUUAUGUUGGACCACAUUCAUCUAGAUGGAACGCCUAUGUGUGGGAAAUCAGUCUUCUGCCUGCACCGUGGGAGCCGCUUGAUACACUACUUUUCUACACAGAGCACGAAAUGGCCUGCGUCAGUAAAAGUAAAGUUGGGCCUCCCAUUUCGAACUGCUUGACCUCAUGAGCAACAUCAGUAGUCACCGGAAAGGGGAGAGGGUGGGUGUUAACAGUUUCGUCUCCCAAGAAAAGGAAAUAGCACUCAAUGAUCAAGCUGAUGCGUGGGGAAAGGGGGGCAAAACUUUACUUUUACUCUCAACUGUUGUGGAAUGUUAUUUUUAUUACAAUAGGAAGUGGAAACCCAUGUGGUUUCUCUUGUGUGUGCCGCACAUGGCGAGACGAUAAUAUUAUUGUCUCACUGGGUUCUGUCAGAGCUGGUGGAAGAGUGACUAGCAAAGACAGAGGAGAAAGAUAUUUGAACCUAAUAGUAAGGGUGUUCAUACCAACGGACAGCACCAGGCGUUGACAAGAACGUGAUGCAUUUCUACAUUUUUCUGACAACAGCUGCUUGACAAGUUCUGAAUGCUCCUGUACACAAAGACAAUGAACAGAUAUAAUUCAAGCUGUUGAUCUUCUCUAUGAAAUUUUAGCCAAAUCGUGAACCUGGCAGCAAUGAUGCAAUCCAGAAUUUCAAGUACCAUUGUGUGUGUGUGUGUGUGAUUCACUGAGAUGACCAUACGAGGAUGAUGUGUACUGUUAUCACUCUCAGAUUCUGCAUGUUUUACAAUAUUAAUAUAUUGGAACAUUACAACACGAUAUUUGGUUGCAGACAAACACAAUACAUGCAUUGCUGAAUUCUCUUUGUAUUUUAGUGCUUUUAUGAGACGUGAGUGAACAAUUGAAUAGUGAAAAAUUCUCCAUACUUCAUUUCGGUAAUGUGGUUUUGUUUGUCCUAUGUGUUUCAAAGAAAAGUGAGAUUUGUGUGUGUUAGUGGAAAUAUUUUUAAGAUAUUAAAUACUUUUGUAAAUAUGGGCCCAUCUUCUAACGAGACUAGCUGAAGUCUGCUGCCUGUGGUUUUCAGCUUUAAGUGUCCGCUGUAUAUCAGAAGUCUCCGUGAAGUAUAAUACGUGUAGUUUGAACCCCGCUGUGUAUAAAACCCUUUUGCUUCUAUAUUUUGACAUGAAAUGUUUCCUUGAAUUAGUGCCCCGCAUGUUGUCAAAUUACGAGUACGCUGCAGGAUAAUGCUGCAGUGUAAGUUGUGACCCUACCAGUUCAGUUUCUUCUCAUUCCCCCCUUUUAUUUCUUGCCCCUAGCUUACAAAGCUUCGGGUGUUCCUUAACGACCUUAUAUUCUUUUGAAGGAAUUGUCAAGAGAAUCUGCUUCUGUCCUGGUCUUAACUAUAUUUUUUUUAAACUUUGCAAGGUUUGUACGUCUAUUCAACCCUCAGUUCUAAUUCGUUUGUUCCUUUCAGGAGCCAAUAAGUCAAGCUACUUUUUCAGAGCUUCAAAUUUGAAUUCUUUUGUUCAUUUUGUAGAUUUUGCUAAAUGCGGAGAAAUGAAAUACCACUUCAACUAACUUUAGAUCAGAGGAAAUCUGGUCAUUAUAAUUUGUAAACAAUAAAGUGAUUUUUUUUUAGUUUUUAGGAAACUUUAUCUUUUAAAAUUUAAAACGUAUAAAAUAAAACAAUUGAACAGAUCUACAACUUGCACUUUUGAGGGAACAUUGUCUUUUACAAUUUACAAACAAAAUCUCACAUGUGACCAAACACACAACAAAUGCCUGACAAGUGAAUGCAACAACCACUCUUGACACUUUGAUGUCCAAUGGCUCAUAGAAAGUUAAGAAAGAGAAUACCAUGCUAGAAUGAUUGUAAUGUGUUCUUGAACAUUCACUUUAGCUAAAGAUUUGAACAACGCAAAUAUUUUGUUACAGUACAGGAGGAUGCAUUGGCCUCAAUGAUUGUUGUUAAUAGUGUCACUGGUACCAUUUGUGUGCUGAUUAUAGUUAUUAUUGUUAUUGUUACUAUUAUUAUUACUAUUAUUACUAUUAUUAUUAUUAUUGUCAUUGUUGUUUUUAUUUUUAUUAUCAUUUUAUUGUUAUUUGUAUAUCAUCAUCGUCAUAAUCACUAUCAUCAUCAUCAUCAUCAUCAUCAUCAUCGUCACCAUCAUCAGUAUCAUCAUUAUAACAACAGUGGAUAGUUAAGA